UUUAACGUGAGAAAAGUGUAACUUGAGUGCUUAGUUAGGGAGGACACGAUGCUCAUGAUACCAUAAUUCCAAAAAUGUAGGGGAAUUACCAUGAUAACUUUCAUCAUGAUACCAUAAUUGAAAGAGAGAAAACAUUGGAUAUAUCAUGAGCUGCUCUGUAGAAUUACGGCAACGUAGACAGCAAGGGAUGGCGGAGGAUCCUCAUAAACUUGCAGCAAUGAUGAAUAAAUCUCAGAGACUUGUGUUGGGGCUUCUAGUUUUAUUGUUGGUUGAUAUAAUUUGGGUCUCCAGUUCUGAACUUACUAAAUACAUUUAUAGAGAAGCAGCCUUUGAAAAACCUUUCUUUAGUACAUAUAUAAAAACAUCAAUGUUUACACUUUAUUUGCUUGGUUUAUGUUUCUGGCCUCCAUGGAGGGACCAAUGUAAUAAACCAGCAACAUAUAUGUUUAUAGACCCUAAUGUGGAAGAUGAUAAUUUCUAUUCAGAAGGCAAUACAAGUUUGAGUGAUCCAACAUUUGUUCCCAUAAAAACACCAGAUCACUGUGAUCGUUCCUCAGGCACAGAAAGUGAUGAUUCGUCGAUACGUUCUGUGAGAUUUAGUAAAUUAGCCGAAGUUCGCCAUAUGUCAGAAACUGAUGCCACAGAAGCAUUAUUGGCAAGGCUUAGUUAUCAAGCAAGUUUAAGAGCUGGAGAGCAUGCAAGACGGCAAGCAAAUAAGUUUUCUGUUCAAAAAGUUGCAAAAAUUGCACUUAUGUUUUGUUUACUUUGGUUUAUGGCAAACUAUACUUAUCAAAUAUCCUUAGCAAAAACUGAAGCAGGAGUUGUGACAGUAUUGUCAUCAACUUCUAGUUUAUUUACUCUAUUCCUUGCUGCCUUUUUCCCCAGUAAUGGAGGGGAUAAAUUUACAUUAUCUAAAUUAGUUGCUGUCUCUGUUAGUAUUCUUGGACUGGUACUAGUAGGUCUUUCAGAUUUAACUAUAGAAACUACUAGGAUACCUACAGGUAUAAUAUUGGCAUUAGUUAGCGCAUUUUUUUAUGCAGCUUAUAUUGUAUUUCUCAAAAGAAAAGUCGACCAUGAAGAUAAAAUGGAUAUUCCAAUGUUUUUUGGAUUUGUUGGACUUUUCAAUUUAACACUUUUAUGGCCUUUGUUUUUUAUCCUUCACUACGGUCAUUGGGAAGAAUUUGAAUGGCCAGACACUCAUCAGUGGACAUUUAUAAUUAUCAAUGGUCUAAUUGGUACAGUUUUAAGUGAAGUGCUUUGGUUGUGGGGUUGUUUCUUAACAUCAUCCCUCAUAGCAACCUUGGCGGUUAGUUUAAUCAUGCCAAUGUCAAUGAUAGCUGAUGUCUUAUUGAAAAAUGUCGAGUAUCCUUGUAUUUUCUACUUAGGAACUGUUCCAAUGCUUUUAGCAUUUCUUACAGUGUCUCUUUUGUCCUAUUAUGAUAACUGGGAUCCAGUCAUGGACUUACUAAAAAAGAUUUACAUUUGGAUUUGUAAAAAAAAUAGGUCAAUUAGAAUACCAGAUCUUGAAGCAGAGCAAACAGAAUCGCUCAUAGGAAUAAAUAGCGGUGAACAUGAAGCUUAACCCGACAAUAAUGAAACAAUU